AUGACUUCAACCGCCGCGCCAAAAUCAAUCGUCCACGGACCAUCCCAUCCCCCUCUGAAGCUCUUGACAAUCGGCCAGCUUCUGAGCGAACAGGCCGACCGAGUCAGCUUUCGCGAAGCGGUUGUUGCAUUCCAGUCUGGUGUACGAUUAACCUACCACGAUCUCGAGAUCGGGACAAAGCAGAUAGCGCGUGCCCUUAUAGCCAAUGGGGUUCAACGCGGCGAUCGAGUUGCCGUCUUCCUCGGAAACUGCGAAGUCUACGUGGAGAUCUUCUUUGCUGUUGCCAGGAUCGGGGCAGUAGCAGUCUUGCUUCACGGGACAUAUAGCCCGAAUGAAGCGCGGAAUGUGUUGCGGACCACCGAAUGCUCUACCCUGUUCAUCUCAAGUAGUCUGGGAAAUAGAGGUUCUCGUGCCUUUCUGGACUACCUCGAAGAGUCCAACCAGCCACUGGCUAUCGAUGUGCCAUCAGUGAAGCGCAUUGUGUUGGUUCAUGACGAUCGUCCAGACGGCAGCUACUUGACUUCGUGGCGAUCAUUUCUCGCCUGUGGAGACGCAGUGAGCCCGUCGCGGCUCGGUCAGCUUGAGGAUGAGGUUGGUGGUGACACAGUAUGCAGCUUUCUCUUGACGAGCGGCACCACCGGCGUACCCAAGGUGGCUAUGUUGACACACGCGAACAUCAUCAACAAUGCCUUCCUGGCAGGGAAUCACAUGACCCUGGCCGAGGAAAGAGGUAGCGCUCCUUCAGAGGCACUGUGGCUUCAGAUCAAGAGCGAAUUUGGUCUCGAGGGUUUUACACUCGGAUACGGAAUGACCGAGACAUCGGGUGGUGUCUUCGUGUCCAAGCCAGAGAUCGCAGAUGCGACCCGAAUGCCACGCUCCCUGGUGAUUUUGCCCCACACGAGCGCAAAGGUGGUUGACAGCCGGGGCGAUAUCGUGACGGUCGGACAACGCGGCGAGCUCUGUGUUUCGGGUUAUCUUGUACAGAAGGGAUAUUUCAAGAACGAAGAGAAGACGCGUGCGGCCAUGGCUCAUGACGAGAACGGUACACUGUGGAUGCGGACGGGCGAUGAAACAUUUUUCGACUGCGAGGGAAACUGCUGUGUCACCGGUCGCAUCAAAGACAUUAUCAUCCGAGGAGGAGAGAACCUAUACCCAACUGAAAUUGAGGAUCGGUUGAGCGAGCACCCCUCCGUGCAAGGGGCUUGUGUGGUUGGGCUGCCGGACGACUACCUGGGCCAGGUGGUUGCGGCUUUCAUGCAGCAGGAACCAGGAACAGAACGACCAUCUGAUGAGGAGCUGGCUGUCUGGGUCCGCAGCACUCUGAGUUACCAUAAGGCUCCGACUCGGGUCUUCUGGCUUGGAGAUGAUGAUCUACCCCAGGAUUUCCCGCUGUUGGGAAGUGGCAAGAUUCGCAAGAACGUGCUCGAGCAGUUUGGAUGUCAGAAACUGCGUGUAGAAACUGCGUGCAAGGAAUGCAUUGGAUGCUCCGAUGCUUAG